AUGAAUUCAAACUCAAACAAAAAGUCGGAUGCUUUCGAUGGUCUUUUAGACUUUAAUGGAAAUUCUGAUAAAACUUUAUUCGAUUUAGACGGUCAGAGAAGGCAGCAACAGCAGGGAAACCAGUUGCUAAAGGACCAGCCGCAGCAACAACCACAGCACAACCAACAGACACACGAUAUUAAUUGGAAUGGUUUGGAUUUCUUGGGUGGCACUAGUACUAGUACUGGCACUAGUAGCAACACCACCACCACCACCACUAAUAACAACCUCUCAAACAACCUCCUCGGUGACGAUACCCUUGUCGAUGGCUUUAAUGACUUUAGCGUCCUUGAUUCCUCUAAGUCUCUUUCAAUCAACUCCCCUUCCAAUAAUCCUGACGAUUUCGAUAUCCUCGGUGAUCUCGCUAAGCCUGUACACAGUCACCCACCUGAGACACACUCUUUACCAAAAAAAUCCUCAUCUCCACCCCCUCACCUUAUCGGUCAGCUCGUUGAGAUGGGUUUUAGCGCUUUAGAUGCCAAUCACGCUCUUAAAAGCGCAAAUUUUGAUGUCUCAGCUGCAGCUACCAUCCUUAUUAGUCACUCUAAUGCUAAUCAACAAAUUGAUACACCACAAGAACCUCCUGAUACCCACAAACCCAAAUCUCAACCACCUAAACAAACCCAACACUCCCCUCAAUUACCUCAAUCUGACCAACUACUUCAACAAGCUUCCACGAUCGGUAACGAUCUCUUCUCUAAAGCUUCUUCUUACUGGUCUGUUGGGAAGAACAUGGCUCAAAAAGCUUUAGAAGAUCAACGUUUGCGCGUAAAUCAGCAACAAUCUGAUCAAGAUCGUUUAAGAAAAGCCAAUGAGAAGCGGGAGUAUGAAGAACGAAAAAGACGUUGGGAGGAAGGAGAGUCUAGUGGUUUCAAAGAUGAUGAUAUACCUGUACAACAGAGUUCAUUUCUACCAACCAAGAUGCAACAAUCUCAGCAGCCCGAGCAACGUGAGCAGAGUUCUCAGCAACCGUCUAGACAGUCUUCACAACAAUCUUCUGGCAGUCUACUCGAUGCAUUUAAACCCAAGUCCUAUGUAUCUCCAGCGAGACAUGCCGUUCGCAGUCGCACAGGUACGCCCGUAGCAGCAGAACCAAGAACACCGACAAAACCACCGAUAACAUCACCUAAACCAAAAAAAUCACGUGUGAAUCCUCCUGUAUCACAAGCAGCAUUGGAUCAAUCAGCUGCUUUGCGCAUUCAAGGGAAUGAAGCAUUCAAGUUAGGAUCAUAUGCUCAAGCUGUUGAGUUGUAUGAGCAAGCAGCGUCGGUUAUACCUCCCAACCACAUACGCUGUGCUGUAAUCAAUACUAAUCUUGCCGCUACGCACGUGAAGAAUGGUGAUGGUGAUGGUGGAGUUAAAGCUGCGUCAAGUGCAAUUUCGAUCGUAAAUCAAGAUUAUGAACCUAGUGAUGGUGUUAAUGUGUUAGAAACAGUCGCCAAAGCAUACAGAUCUCGUGCAUCUAGUUAUGAAAUGAACGAAAAACAUACAGAUGCACAAGAUGAUUAUGAAAAGCUGAUAAGCAUAUCAACUAAACUUGCAAGUAUACAGAAUCAAGCCAUAGAAGGGCUUAGACGGGUUAAAGAAGCUCAACAGCCGAAGAAAAGGAUGAAUACACCCACCAACACCAACACCAAAAACAACACAAUCAAAGCAGCUGGUGAAAAGGCCGCAAAAGCAGCACUUGAGCGUUCAAAAGCUGCAUCGUUACAGGAAGCAGCGGAGGAUUCAGAAAGGCAUGCACUGAAAGAUGGAGUUGAUGCACAACUACUACAAUGGAAAGCGGGUAAAGUGGAUAACAUACGUGCACUGCUAUCAUCAGUAGAUACAAUACUCUGGCCAGAACUCGGACUGAAGAAGUUUGGUAUGCAUGAGUUGGUUAGUGAUGCAUCUGUGAAAAAGGUUUACAUGCGUACGGUGUCUAAAGUGCAUCCAGACAAGAUAAACACCAAAACUAGUUCAUUGGAACAGCGAAUGAUAGCACAAGGAGUGUUCGCAACACUAAAUGAAGCAUACAACAAGCAUCGAUAA